AAACAGUGACAAAGCUCAAAGCUAGAAACCGGAAUCAAAAUAUCAGAUCGGGAAUGGAGAAGAAGCAGAGCAAAGCAAUGGAGUUGUUAAACGAGAUGGUAUCAGAGCCAUACCAUCUCCUCCAUUUCUUGGCUUUCUUCUCUUACUUUGUAAUCCGCACUUCCGCUGCUCAAAUCCUCUCUCCCCAUAUCACCUCCCGUCUCUUUCUCCGAGAAAUCCAAGCCGCUUUGGCCUUGGGCGUCUUCGCUGCCAUCAAGAUAGUGAGGGAAGAAACCUGGGAGGGUUUUAUUUCAGAUACGCUCUUCUUUGCGAAGAUUUUUCUUCUUGCACUUACUUUGAUAAUGGAUUACCACUUGACUCUCUGGUACGCAGUGAUAUUUGCAGGGAUUUAUAUUUUCACACAACAGCCGGCCUUUAAGAAAUUAGGUACUUCAAGUAAGAUAACACCAUUGCAGCUGGAAAGCUUGCUGACGGAAGGGAGCACAUCUAGACUUUGGCUGGUUGAAUUUCGUGCUGCGUAUUCACCUUCUUGCAUACGCUCAAGUCGGUGCUUUCCUGAGCUUUCUAUCACAUAUUCAAACAAAGGCUUUUCUUUUGGAAUAGUUGACCUUGGCCUCUUCCCAAAUGCUGCACAGUAUUUCGGAAUAUCACUCUCUGGCAGCAUGGGACAACUUCCUGCAUACAUAUUAUUCUCACAUGGAUCUGAAGUUGCUCGCUAUCCUGAGUUGGUUGCUGAAUCAAAAGGUUCUCGUUCUCCCAUAACUAAGAGAUUUCUUUCACAGUACUUCAAGCUCGACCUGCUCCUUCUCGAGUACAUAAAUGGUAAAUAGUUAUUUGACAUACUGUAUACGGUAUUAGUGGCUCCAAUUUUGGUUCAUCUUUGUAUGAUUACACAUGCUUUCAGAUGUAAACAAACAUGUCUUCCUCACAUUUAAUCUAUUUCCCCACUUUUUUAUAGAAAAUUUUCCUCUUCUGUUUGAUAUU